AUGCACCCCACGCACCCCACGCUGAAGCUGACCUACUUUCCGAUUCCCGGGCGCGCCGAGCUCAUUCGGCUCCUCCUCUUCAUCCACGACAUUCCGUUCAAGGACGAGCGCCUCACGAUGGAGAUGUUUCUGCGCCGGAAGGCCGAGUUCCCCUUUGAGCAGAUGCCGACGCUCACGAUCAACGGCGUCGAGUACGCGCAGAGCCACUGCCUCGCACGCUACGUCGGAAAGCUCACGGGCAUGUACCCGUCCGACCCGCUCGACGCGCUGCGCGUCGACGAGAUCCUUGCCUUUGAAGACGACAUUGUCAAGACGACAAUCGCCGCGGUCUACGAAAAAGACGCGGCCCGACAAAAGGCCAUGGCGACCGAGCUCUCGCAGACGACGCUGCCUAAGCUCUUUGGUCUCCUCGAGAAGCGGAUCGCGAUGACCAAGGGCGUCUUCGUGCUCGGGGAGACGAUGACCAUCACGGACCUUGCUCUCUACGCGCUCAUGGCGACCUUCAAGUCGAGCCGCUUGGCGUUCUUGGACACGGCGUUCAUCGACAAGUGCGCACACUUGCGCGCCAUCCACGAUGCCGUGCGCGACCACCCCAAAGUCCAGUCGUGGAAUGCCAAGUACAAUGCGUACUAGUACAACUGAGA